AUGAAACAGAAACAGCCUCUUCUGUUACCUCUGUUCUUCUCAUUUUCCCUGUGCAUCCCACAAACCACACACCAAUAUGCAUGUGACAAGAAUGAUCCUGGUAACACAAACAAGUACUACCAAUUUUGCAACACCUCUUUAACAUAUUCGGACCGGGCCAAGGACCUAGUCUCGCGCCUGACCCUAGACGAAAAGUCCCAGCAUCUAGUGAACACGGCCAGUGGAAUUCCAAGGUUGGGCAUACCCAUGUACUAGUGGUGGUCUGAGGCCCUUCACGGGGUCUCAAACUCCGGCCUUGGUGUCCACUUCAACGCCACCGUGCCCGGUGCCACUAGUUUCCCAGCGGUGAUUCUUUCGGCCGCUAGCUUUAAUGCGUCGCCGUGGUACGAGAUGGGUCGGGCCGUGUCGAUAGAAGCCCGGGCCAUGUACAACGUGGGCCUGGCCAGGCUCACGUUUUGGAGCCCAAACGUGAAUGUGUUUCUGGACCCGCGGUGGGGUAGGGGCCAGGAGACCCCUGGAGAGGACCCUUUUGUGGUUUCAAGAUAUGCUGUGAGUUAUGUCAAGGGAUUGCAGGACGUGGGACAGGAAGGGAGUUUUAAUAGUGAGAAGCUUAAGGUUUCGAGUUGUUGUAAGCAUUAUACUGCUUAUGAUGUUGAUAAUUGGAAAGGUGUUGAUCGAUUCCACUUUGAUGCAAAGGUAACUCCACAUGAUCUAGAAGAUACGUAUCAGCCGCCAUUCAAGAGCUGUGUGGAGGAAGGUCAUGUCACUAGUGUCAUGUGUUCCUACAACAGGGUAAAUGGUAUCCCCACUUGUGCUGACCCAAAUCUGUUCAAAGGGAUAAUAAUCAGGGAUCAAUGGAAUCUAGAUGGGUAUAUUGUUUCUGAUUGUGACUCUAUUGAGGUCUACUAUGAUUACAUACAUUACACUGCUACACCAGAGGAUGCAGUAGCCCUUGCCCUAAAAGCAAGUUUAAACAUGAAUUGUGGAAAGUAUGCAGUUAAAUUGAACAAAGUGGAAGAGUCCACUGUAGACCAAGCCUUGAUAUACAACUACAUAGUGCUACUGAGGCUUGGUUUCUUUGAUGGUGACCUCACCACCCUCCCAUUCAGAAAACUCGGUCCGUCCGAUAUAUGCACCGAGGAUCAUCAGAAGUUGGCAGUUGAAGCCGCGAAGCAGGGGAUACUUUUGCUAGACAAUAGAAGAGCUCUACCUUUAUCCACAAACACCACCAAGACAUUAGCCAUCAUAGGACCAAAUGCCAAUGCCACUGAAGUUAUGAUAAGCAACUACGCGGGCGUAUCGUGUGGGUACACCAGCCCUUUACUAAGGUUACAAAAGUACAUCCCAACGGUCACGUACGAACCGGGAUACAUUGGCUGUGGGGAUGAGAGCGGACUUGUAGCGGCGGCGGGGGUGGAUGCAAUGGUGGUGGUGGCGGGGCUUGAUCAGUCCAUUGAAAAAGAAGGAUUGGAUAGAGUUAACUUGACAUUGCCUUGAUUUCAAGAGAAACUUGUGAUGGAUGUGGCUAAUGCUACAAAUGGAUCUUUGAUUUUGGUCAUUAUGUCAGCUGGUCCAACUGAUGUGUCAUUUGCAAGAAACAAUAGCAAGAUUGGGGCAAUUUUAUGGGUUGGGUACCCUGGUCAAGCUGGAGGGGAUGCCAUUGCUCAAGUCCUAUUCGGGGACUAUAAUCCAGGUUCUCUCUCCCCUUUUACUUGGUACCCACAGGAGUACGCCGAUGAGGUGCCGAUGACUGACAUGAACAUGAGAGCUAAUGCUACUCAAAACUUUCCAGGAAGAACAUACCGAUUCUACAAUCGCAAAUCGAUAUAUGAAUUUGGCCAUGGUCUCAGCUACUCAACUUUCUCCAAAUUCGUAACAUCUGCUCCGUCAAUUAUAGUAAUAAAACCUUUGUCAAAAAACCACCAAAACAACACUCUCUCCCCUGACUCCACUGGCCUUCAACCUUCUUCUAAAGCAGCCAAGGAGUUUCCCAACAAACCUAACAGUCAAGCCAUUGACAUUUCCUCAAUAAGCUGCCUAAAUCUACGAUUUGAAAUUGGUGUUGGGGUGAAGAAUGGUGGUCCAGUGAAUGGGACCCAUGUCGUGCUGGUGUUUUGGAAACCGGCGAGUUCAGAGGGGGUUGUUGGGAUGCCGAGCUUGGAGUUGGUUGGGUUUGAGAGGGUGGAGGUGAAGAGAGGGAAGACGGAGACAGUGAAGACGGAGUUGGAUGUGUGUAAGAGGCUGAGUGUAAUGGAUUGAGAUGGGAAGAGGAAGGUAGUUAUUGGGCAGCAUACACUUUUGAUUGGGUCUUCUAGUGAAAGGCAAGUGAAGCACCACUUCAACAUUAGGUAG